GUGAACCAAGUCACACCACCGAGAUAACCUCAAAAAUGGAGAUGUUUAGUGACCUACCGAGCAACGCCUCCUUGGAUCGAUUUUUCUUCCAAGAUCGUUGGAACUCCCUGCUGGACGCGAUUGGUGACGAUCCCGAGUUCCUGUACAUUUGGGCGUUGACGACCUGGGUCAACGGAUUUUUCUGGGCGUUCGGCGGCCUAUUUGUACUGAUGGACGUCACGAAUCGACCGAGGUUCCUUCGAAAGUACAAGACGCAACCCGGUAUGAACGAACCACUGGAGUGGGAUGGAUUGUGGAAGGUCGUCAAGACAAUUCUGUUCAACCAGACUGUAAUUGGAGUUCCGCUGACGUACGUAGGGUUUCACACGGCUGGCAAGUCCAACCUUCCGGGUCGCGUGCUUCCAAGUGGUUGGGAAGUGCUCCGUGAUCUGGCCGUUAGUUUGUUCUUCGCGGAAGUUGGUUUCUACUACGUCCAUCGGUUGCUACAUCUGAAGCCCCUCUACAGGUACGUCCAUAAACGGCACCACGAGUGGACGGCCCCUUUCGCUUGGGCCGCCAUGUACUGCCACCCGGUGGAGCACGUCGUAAGUAACAUGAUUCCACCGAUCAUUGGCAUCCACCUGAUGAAGAGCCACCUGGCUACGGCCGCCCUCUGGUUCCCGCUGGUCAUCGUCAACACCGUGCGGGACCACUGCGGGUACCAUUUGCCGUUCUUCCCAAGUGCCGAGUACCACGACUACCAUCACGCAAAGUUCACGGAGUGCUUUGGUACCUUUGGUUAUCUGGACUGGCUGCAUGGCACCGACAAAGGGUUUCGGAAGAGUAAACAGUGUCUACGGCAUCGGGUUUUGUGGACCACCAAGUCGGCGCGGGAACAUUACCCCGAUAAGUGAAAGUGGAGGUCGUCGAGAUCGUGCUACCUUGUCGCAUUUCACUUUUUGAUGUUUCGAAAAAAAAGUUUUUAUGUCUAAACAUAAAUGAACAAAACUAAAGCAUAAACAAAUCAAAUAAGUUUGAUUUAGCUGUCAAUUGUUCAACGAUUCGUUAAAUUAGGUUCCCUGUAUGCUGCAGAAAUUUUUCCGUGUGAGUGUCUUAAAAAUGUAAUGGUAGAAGUACAUGCAAAAGUGACUAUCUGCGUCUAUUUGGAAUAAAUGAAUGUAAUUGAAGUGUAAAGCACGAUUUACUGUUUAUAAAUGAACUUAACGU